AUGAAGGAUUUUGAUGGCAAUAUUGUAAUAGAACCUGAGUUCAGGCUGGAAUUUGUACAAGUGACACAUGAUGAAUGUCAUUUUUAUGUAAAUGAUGGGCAACGAAGAAUAUGGACUUUAGAGGAUGAGGAUAUAUUGCGCUCAAAGCAUAUAGGCCGAUCCAUUAUGGUUUCAGCUUUCGUUUGUCCAUGUCAUGGACUAUUACGAUUAUCUGAUGAUCAAUUACAGACAAAUUCACACAUCAAACAUAAGGAGACUUACAUCCUUCAUUCUACACAAACCGACGGAUAUUGGAAGUCGGAACAUAUGCUGGACCAACUUGUAUAUAGGGCUCUUCCGAUAUUUGAGGUAUUGCAUCCUGGAUGUAUUGGUGUUUUUUGCUUUGACCAGUCAACAAAUCAUAAUGCAUGGGCUGAGAAUGCAUUAAUCGCAACAAGGAUGAAUUUGGGUCCUGGAGGAAUACAGCCUAAAAUGCGUGAUGGCUGGUACAUAGAUGAAAAUAAUAAAAGGCAAAUACAAUCAAUGGUAUUUCCGGACAACCAUCCUGAAGAAAAGCUAAGGGGACAUUCAAAGGGUAUAAGACAAGUAUUAAAAGACCGUAAACUUUGGCCAACAGGAGGAAUUCGUUUGAUAUGUGACCAGUGUUCUAGAAAUAAUGAAUCGAAAAGAUUAGAUUGUUAUGCAUGA